GAGAGGGUCAGCAAGAGGCUCAGAGUCCCAUGAACUUAGUGAAGGAGGAGACGAGAAGAAAAAGCGAGACUUUCGGAAAAGUGGCUUUCUCAACUUAAUCAAACCCCGGACCAGACCUGAGCGGUCACCAGCAGUCUUGAUGACAGAAGAACUCUUCUCUCCAAAGGCAGGAGUCAGAAGUCCAGCUGUGGACACCCCCAGGAAGGACACGAAGCCAGCCGAGCACAAUGGCAGUGCUGAUCGGGUAGAGGAGAUCAAAACACCUGACUCCCUAGAAGAAAGUCAAGGGGAAGACGUGGGGAAGGUGGACCGGAAUGACAGCAAGGGCAGCCCCCAAGGAGGGCGAAGGUACAGGGUCCAAAUGAUGGGCGGCGGGCUGCUGGCGGAGAUGAAGGCCAAGCAGGAGAUGAAAGCCAAGGCUGCUUGCUCACUGAAGCUACUUGAGGAUUGUAUCCUUAUUGUGAUCACUCAGAUUAAUAUGUUUAACCUAGGUUUUGGUUUUUAUGCACUAUCCUGAGCUCUUUUAUGUUUGUAAAACUGGGUUCUCCAAUGAAAGGAAA